AUGUCGGUAGCAACAAUAAGCAAUAUUCGAUUACAGUUAGGUCAUUGUGUUAUACCAAUAUUACUUGCACUUGGUAAUUUUGGUAAUUUCUUUACAACAUGGAUAUUGAUACGCACAUUGAAGCAACGAGCUAAUUCAUGUGCACUUUAUUUACUUUGUGCAGCACUUGCUAAUUGGUUUGUUAUUAACACUGUGCUUAUUUCAUCCUUGUAUGGUUUGGAUCAUGUUGAACCAAUACACAUAUCAAAUGUUUUAUGUAAAUUACGAUGGUAUGGAGGACAUGUCUUGUUUAUGGCAUCGCGAUGUUUCCUAAUCGCUGCAUGUGUUGAUCGAUGGGCACUUUGUUCACAAAAUAUUAAAAUUCGAUCAUUUUCUCAAUCAAAAAUAGCUCUUCGUGUCGUUUCUUUUAUUAUCAUAAGUUCGAUACUGGUACCUAUUCCUUUGCUUUUCUUUUUUGACAAUAGUUCAGGUCGCUGUGCUAUUAAUCCAUCAUAUAAUUUAGCUUAUACAAGUUUUUCGCUUACACUCAUUGGAAUUCUUCCUCCAUCAUUAAUGAUUUUAUUUACAUUUCUUGCUCGACAUAAUUUAACAAUGAUUCGAUCACGUGUACAACCUACUGGUGGUGACAGAACUCAUGAUAUUCAUAUACAUAAACGUGAUCAUGACUUGAUCAAAAUGUUAUUUGGUGAAGUAUUAGUUUUUUGUUUAACAACAUGUCCAUUUCCAUGUAGUACAUUAUACAAUUUUUUAACAAUUCCCAUUAAAUCAUAUAAAACUCCAAUACGGCUGGCUAUUGAAUCACUUAUUAAUUUUAUUAUUCAACCUUUAUUAACUUAUACUUAUUGUUGUACUCAAUUCUACGUAUACGGAUUUUUCUGUAAAAGCUUUCGAACAGAUUUUCUGGAGAUAUUUCAUCUGCAACGAACAAAUCGUGUCAAACAAGUAACAGCUGAGCAAACAGUUGGUCAAAAAGAAAAAAACUAA